ACACACAAUUCAAGAUUUCUUGCUUGCCUUGUUUAUGAUACUGAGAUCUAGAGACGAUAUAUCAAUUUGUUGUUCAAAUUGGGUACACACAUAACCUCUGAAACAGCUUAAGUUUGCAUAUUUUGAAGCCUCUUCCUUCAGUUUAUUUCACAAGUAUGAAGAUUUAUCUGAUGUUCACCAUCUUGGUUUUGUCAAGUCUCCUAACUUAUAAAGCUCAAGGUAUAAGGUUGGGAAAAGUAACUUUAUCACCUAGCAACCAUGAAGACAUCGUCAAGAUUUCAUUGGUUAAAGGAAGCAGUGAAGAUGGUCAAUCACUGGUACAGACUGCUGAAAUUUCAUCAGGAACAAAUAGAAAGCUUAUGACAAAAAUCAUAUCCUCUAAAACUACCACUAUUAUUACCAAGAAGAGUGAUGAAUAUAAACAUGAUCCAGAAGCAGAGGUCCAGUCUACUCAUGGGCUAAUAGGAAAGGAAGAGACUUCCUCGUUCAAUUCGCUGCAAAAUUCUAAACACUGGAAGACGGAGGUCAGCACGAAGCACUACCCGUAUGAUAUAGACAUUGCUGGAAUGGAUUAUACUCCGGCUAGGAAGAAGUCUCCAGUACAUAAUUAAAUUAGAAACAAAACUCAGGAAUACUUAUUCAAAGAAUAUAAUAAACAGUUUUGAAAAUAAUGGAAUGAAAUGGCAUUAGAAGUUAUAAAACCAUUGCAGAAAUGCUGCAAGUUUCUAGGGUCAAGGAUGAAGAUUAUGUACAUAGAACUAUAACACAGUAGAUUAAUUUGUUAUUGGUAAAUUAUGAUUUUGAUAAUCAUAAUCUCUUGUGAGCUUUGCAGGGUUCUGUAUGGUGCAUUAAUAUAUAUACACUCCAAGUUACAGUUUUGUUCAAA